AUGAAUAUGGCGUCGGCUAUGCAACUAACGAGGACAUCGUUCUUUGGUUUCUACAGAGCUUUUUCAAUAAGCCGAGCUCCUCCGAGAACUCUUGCUGUGGUACUUGGUCGGAAAACCCCUCGUGUCUUUUUUGCUUCCUCGGUUAAUGAUCAUUCUAAGGGAAGAAAUGAUCCGGUAGAGAAGGCAAGAGACUCAAGGGCUGAUUUAGCUUAUGAUUCAAAGAAAUGGAGAGAAGAAUCCGGAGAAUACUCAGAAGCUGGAAAAGAGAAUGCCAAGGACAAAGCUUAUGAAAUAAAAGACAAGACAAAGGAUUAUGCUGAACAAACUAAAGAUAGAGUGAACGAAGGAGCAAACACAGCAGCUGAUAAAGCCUACGACACAAAGGAGAAGGCUAAGGACAAAGCUUAUGAUGCGAAAGAGAAGACGAAAGACUAUGCAGAGGAGGCUAAGGAGAAAGUGAAUGAAGGCGCGAGCAGAGCCGCUGAUAAAGCUUACGAGACAAAGGAAAAGGCUAAAGACAAAGCUUAUGAUGCCAAAGAGAAGACUAAAGAUUAUGCGAAAGAGACCAAAGAUAAGGUGAACGAAGGAGCGAGCAAAGCAGCUGAUAAAGCCUACGAGACGAAAGAGAAGGCUAAAGACAAAGCUUAUGAUGUAAAAGAGAAGACAAAAGAUUACGCUGAAAAGACUAAGGACAAGGUAAACGAAGGAGCGUAUAAAGCCGCAGAUAAAGCUGAAGAGACAAGAGACAAAGCCAAGGAAUAUGCAGAGGACUCAAAGGAGAGAGCAGAAGAUAUGGCUCAUGGGAUUAAGGAAAAGGCUCAAGAUGUUGGGGAGAAGACUAUAGAGACUGUGAAAGAUGCGUGGGAGGCUGCAAAGAACACGGCUCAGAAGGUUACAGAGGCCGUGGUUGGGUCCGGUGAGGAGGCGGAUAGGGCCCGGGAUGAUGUUGACAAGGGCUUGGAAGAUUUAUCGCAGAAGGCGAAGCAGAAUCAGAAAGACAAUGAUGACUUGAAGAGGUUCUAA